AUGGCAGCCAGCCCUGAAUCGUAUGUAACACCCCAGUACGAAGAAGGAAAGAAUGGCCCACAAUUGCAGGCGCCGCGCUUUACCACACAACCCUCGUCAUCCGGUUCGAUAGUGAGUGAAGGACGCACGAAAAUCCUCCAGUGUCAUGCCUUGGGAUAUCCCCAGCCCACAUAUCGGUGGUUAAAGGAUGGCAUACCAAUUGGCGAUUUCUCUUCCAGCCAAUAUUACCGACUGCAAAAAACUCGUCGUGAGGAUGCCGGCAGCUAUCAGUGCAUAGCAAAAAACGAUGCUGGCUCGAUAUUUAGUGAAAAAAUUGACAUCGAAGUUGCUUAUAUGGGCAUCUUUGAGAGCACUACACUUGGCCAUCUCACGGUGACGUCAGGUCAUCCGGCCAUUUUUGAUUUACCACCCAUCGAAUCGCAACCGCCACCUUCGGUGAUGUGGCAAACGGUUGAAGGUCCGCUGAACUAUGACAUCAAAUAUGCCGUAACAAAAUCGAAUCAAUUGAUAAUACUCAGCGCAGACGAGGACGAUCGCAAAGCAUAUCGCGCUCGUGCCAUAAACACACAGUUGGGCAAGGAGGAGAAUAGCGCUUUCAAACAAUUGAACGUGAGUGGAGAUCCGUAUGUUGAGGUAGCACCUGAAAUUGUUGUACAUCCGCAAGACAUGAAAGUGAAGCGUGGCGAACAAGUGGCCGUAUUGGAAUGUAUCGCGAAUGCGCGACCCCUGCAUGAAUUGGAGACCCUGUGGCUAAAGGAUGGCAUACCCAUUGAGAAUGCUGGUGUGCCGCACACACUCAAUGAUCCUUGGAAUCGUUCGCUAUCCCUGCUUGCUGCUAAUUUAACACAUUCGGGCGAGUAUACGUGUCAGGUGCGGCUACGUAGCGGUGGCUAUGACACAGUAACAGUUAGCGCCAAAGUGGAGGUGUUGGAAGCUCCCACCUUUUUCACACAAAUGCGCACAGAAACGUUUGGUGAAUUUGGUGCACUGGUGACGUUACCAUGUGACGUGGUAGGCGAUCCAAUGCCGGUGAUGAAGUGGUACAAAAAUGCCGAACUCGUCGAUACAAAUGAUGGAAAAUACACACUUCAGGAGGAUAAUUCACUGAUCAUCAAGAAACUUACACUAGAAGAUGCAGCCAUGUUUCAAUGCCUCGCCAGCAAUGAGGCAGGUGAAAAGAGCGCCUACACUUGGUUGCGUGUCAAAUCUGCAAUGGAUAAUCAUGAUAAAGGCUUACUACCACCACCACUCAAAGAAACCGCAACUACUACAACUUCCACUACUAAUUCAAGGCAUAGUGUACGGCGCAUGUCUACAGCUAAUAAUAAUCGACCGAAUGCAAUUCCGGUGCAUUUUGUUGAAGAGUCUAAAUCAUCGUCAUCGCAAGGGUACGUGCGCAGUUUCUUGCAACGCUUCAAGCGUCUAGCACAACCGCGUAUUAUCCAGCGUGUUAGAGCAUCAUCAUCGCAUUCUGGCAUGAGUACUGGCUAUCGCCGCAAGGAUUUUCGCUUUGCUUCUGCGCCUGUGAUGGAGAAACCGCAUUGGAUGGCAAGGACACGACUAUUUGGUGCCGAGCAGUAGAUGCACCAAAUCCCAAUAUCACAUGGAUUUACAACGUUAAUGCGCUCGUGAGAUUGUGAUUAUGAUCAUGACUGUCUCUGUGUCCGCCUUCGCUGACUGCCGUUUAAUUGGUUUUUUGAUACAUACACGCGUAUGGUUUGGUUCGCAAAAAUGCUUGUACCAUUUUAACUACGCUAACAAUAACAAUGCACUGCGUACUGUGCACUAUUCUGUAAAUGCAUCAUUUGGUUUUGCUGCCGCCUCCAACAAACGCUCAUCAUCCGCAUCAUUAUUUUGCCUCCUUUGUGAAUAUUAUCUGUACACAUGGCUGUGAUUUGCAUCAAUAUAAACAACAAUAACAACAACAGAAACACAACUUGUUGAAAUAUCCAGUCGUAUACAAAUUCUCGAAUCGGGUGAUUUAUUAAUGUCGAAUGUACGUGAAACGGACGCUGGCCUUUAUACGUGCGUGCGUUCGAAUGAGGCGGGCACCGUCAAUGGCGAGGCAUAUCUAAGCGUUUUGGUGCGCCUUCCGAACAGCAACCGCUGUGUAACUCUAUGAAUGCAGGCGGCGUCCGACGUAGAUUAUUUUUAAACUAUGGAAAAAUGGAUGUGGAAAGCGAUGAUAGUUUGGAGGAGGGGUAAAAUUCACCAAUUGUUUAUAUGGAAACUGAAAGGAACUCGAAUCUAGCCAUGAUUUUAAUUCACUAGAAGCACACCAAUUUGGUGGCAGUAAAUUUCUCUAGAGGAAAAUCAAUCUACGGAUAGUUAAGUUAUUUGAGAAAAAAAGCGACAGCAAUAAAAAAUUGUUGAAAAUGUAUAUCAAAAUGUAAAUUCUAGAAUGUACUUGUACAAAUGUAUUUAUCAAAUCUUGCAACCAUUGAUGUACUUAUCAAAUCUGAAAAUAAAAGACAGUUUUUCGUUGGCAAUCGA